CGGAAGGCGGCAGCCGCUUCCGCCCGGGCUGCUGCCCUCCGGUGCGGCGGCCCGCCAUGGGGCCGCGGGCGCUGCCGCUGCUGGAGCCGGGCCGCCGCCCGCAGCCGGCCAAGUGGUACCGGCUGUCGCCGCGCGGUGACCGGCCCCUCGGACGCGUGGGCCACGGCUGCCUCUUCCUGCCGGGCGGCGGGACCGGCCGCGUCCUCCUCCUGGGCGGCGCCGACCCCGCCGGCGCCUUCGCGGACGCCCACUUCGUGGAGCUGGGCGCGCACCGCUGGGUCGCGGCCGGCUGGAGCGGGCUGCGGCCCCGCUACGAACACGCCACGUUCCUGCCCGCCACCGACCCCCCGCGGCUCUGGGUCUUCGGCGGCGCCCACCCGGCGGGGAACCGGAGCUGCGUCCAGGCGCUGGACCUCGAAACAGGAACCUGGGAGAGUCCUGAAGUGAGCGGAGUGCAUCCGCUGCCUAGGACAUUUCACUCCUCCUCAGCAGCGGUAGGAGACUGUCUGUACGUGUUUGGAGGAGGAGAUAAAGGAGCAGAACCCGUUAAAGACCAGCGGCUUCACGUGUUUGACACAGCCACCUUGACCUGGUCCCAGCCAGAUACCCACGGUGAUCCCCCCUCUCCUCGGCAUGGACACGCUGUGGUUGCAGUUGGGACCAAACUCUUCAUCCAUGGAGGUUUAGCUGGUGAUAUUUUUUACAAUGAUCUGUUCUGCAUUGAUAUAAAUGACAUGAGAUGGGUUAAGAUACCAGCCACAGGUGAUGUCCCGGGAGGACGGGCAUCCCACUCAUCAGCUGUGUUUAAAGACCACUUGUACAUUUUUGGUGGAAUAGGUCCAGAUGGGACACUAGAUACUACAUACAAGUAUCACACAGAGAAGCAGCAGUGGACACUCCUACAGUUUGACUCCCCUCUGCCCCCUGGGAGGCUGGACCACACCAUGUGUGUCAUUCCCUGGCGGGCUGGCAAGAGCAGAGACGCAGGAGCUGUCACCAGGGUCAACAAAGCUGGGAAAGAGUCAACUGCGUCAGUGGGUGACAAAGCUGGCCCCCUCCAGAAGAGCGAAGAGGAAGAGGGGUGUGCUGAAGACACAGUCAUGCAUCUGCUGUUAAUAUUUGGUGGGAUGGACACACAGGGGGAAAUAUACAGGGACUGUGUUGUCAGUCUGAUUGAAUAGCAGAGCUGCAGUCCUGCACAGCACCAGCCUUUUCUACACAGUUUUUGUAGUACUGUCAGAUUAAGUUAAUUCUUCUUUCCAAUAAAGAAAUUCUUACCCUCAAA